AUGACGGAUAAAGGUGGCGUGACGGGUGGAGGGGAUGAUGCAGGAAGCAUCAUGGCGUUGCUGGAACGCGUGGCGGGCCUCAUGGACACCGUCCAGACCACGCAGCAGCGCAUGGAGGAGCGUCAGCUGGAGCUGGAGAGCACGGUGAAGACCAUCCAGGCCGACGUCGUCAAGCUGACCAACGACCACGCCAACACCAGCUCCACUGUCGACCGGCUGCUGGAGAAGACGCGCAAGGUCAGCCGCCACAUCAAGGACGUCAGGGUGCGCGUGGAGAACCAGAACGUCAGAGUGAAGAAGGUGGAGGCCACUCAGGGGGAUCUCUUGGCCAAGAACAAGUUCAGGGUGGUCAUUUAUCAGGGUGACCAGGAGGUUAAAUCCGUCGCACCAGGGAAUGAACCAGCAGAACCCAGCGGCAGUGCCGGCGCCAGAGACGAGGUGGAGCCGGACAAGUUCGAGCUCCCUCCGGAGUCGGACGAGGAGUACAUGGUGGUGGAGGAGGCAGACUCCUCAUCCGCCAGUCGCACGAAGAAGACCGGACUGACGCGCAUCGAGAGUUUCAAAGCCAACUUCUCCAGGGAUAAGAUUAACAAGACCCGCGAGAACCUGGGCUCCAAGGUCAACAAGUUCGGCGAGCGCAUUGUGACGGCCGAGAGGCGCGAGAAGAUUCGCCAGUCCGGCGAGAGGCUGAAGCAGUCGGGCGAGAGGCUGAAGGAGACCAUCAGCAAGAGCGUCCCGGCCAAGCUCAACCUAAAGAAGGAGAGGACUGUGGCGGAGGGCCAGGAAGGAGCCGAGGGGGCCGCUGAGGGAGCCGCGCCGGUCGCUCCUCCAAAGGGCCGUAAGGGUAGCCCGGACGCUGCCAAGUCCGCUGAGGAGGAGGGAGGCGAGUCCGAGGUGCCGAUGUACGACAUGAAGCAGCUAUCGUAAACCUGGAGACGGAGCUGAGAUCUGGGACGUUUUAUUUGGACCACUGAGACCGCACGGAGGGAGGGGGAGUUUUAAGGGUUGCUGUUACCGAGCAGAGCUGCAGGAGUGGAAGUCAGGAAGAGGAACAUUUGUUUGUUGAGGGAAGUGAGCAGAGAAGCGGCCGGUCGCAGGUCCAAACUGACUGAACAUCAAGACAACAAAGAAACUCUGAGGUUAUUUCACAUGCACGUACAUGUGUGUCCUGGACAUUCAUGGUCAAAUCAACAAACUGUCUUUUACUGUUUCGUGACACUGACUUGGUAAAUAAGAGAAGAAGGAACUUUCCCAUCAUCAUCACGAGGAUGCUGUUCUCUUGUGUUUGCAUGCUGAAGACGUUAAAGUGUUGGAUGGUAAAGCUCUAACGGGGUUAUGGUACGUGUGGUUCUGUCGUUUGUUUGGAGAAAAAGUGUUAAGUGAAGUUAAAAUGUUCAAAGCUUUGUGUCACUGGAGUCCGAUGUGACUGAUCCACUCUGUGUCCGGAGUCUACGACUUGUAGGGGAGGUUGUGUGUUCAGGUGAUGCCUUUACAUGUCCAGAUGUUUGGAUGUGUAGACCCCGGGCCAAAUGUUGGGACCCCAGUGAGAUAUAAAACAUCAUUUAGACCCGUCACGAAACAAGUCCACGGUUCAUCUGUGAAGACCUGUGGACGGUGUGAGAGGAAAUUUGAGUCUGUGUUUGAUAGGAAACUUUAGGGUGCAGAUUCAUGAAUAAGGCUCUGUCAAACAAACAGGCUGUAAUGGUCCCACUAAAGGUUCUUGUUUUUGUCCCGGACAGGCUCAACAUUACAGGAAGGAACCCCUGCAGAGAUUUUGAAGCAGCUGUUAGCAUGCUCCAUGGGAAGCUAACCAAACCCCUUUUAUCAAACUGGUAAUUCUACCUCACUGAACUCAGGAGCUGCUGGUCUGCUGCUGCCUCCCUUGUUUACUCUGUUUGUGUCCCUGUGAGACUUUAGUGUUGGUAGACCAGCAGCAGAGCCGGCCCUAACCGUCUUGGUGCCCCAGGCAAGAUUUCGAAUGGUGCCCCUUGUAUUGUAACCAACUCCACCAACAAUCACAUCACACACACACUUAAAGACACCUGACAUCCAGCUUUAUG